CACGUGCUCGACCGAGCAAAAAUUGGAUUACUGGUGUACCAUACAGUAAAUGUAACCAGAAAAUGUACUCUGUUGAGCUCCGUGUUAUUAUCGUGUGGAGAGUUUUGGUACUGAGGGUUCGAGAGCUUGACGCCACAGUUGCUCUACAUAAAAGUACGAGUACUACCGUACCGUACGGGAGGGGUGCCGUACCGAGGGGUCCAGUACCAUACUCUACGUAGUUGGAAGAAACGGGACAAAAAAUCUUUGGUGGGAGAAUCGAAUCGAAUAUCGAAUCGAUAAUGGAAUGAAAUCAAAUUCCUUCUUCUUCUUGCCUUGCACGCGAGAAGCGUAUCUCAUUUCUGUUGCACACGAAGUGCGCAGAUCUCCUCCAAAGAUCUCUCGCAAAAACUGUGCAACCCUACACUUUACAGCGUUGUGCAACCAUCCAAGCAAUCCGGAGCACAGCAACGCCGACCGAUAUCCAAUCCAAUCGAUUGCAAUCGAUUGCAAUCGAAUCGAUUGCGAUCGAAUCGAAUCCAUUCGAUUCCAUUCCAUUCCAACUCGAUCCAGCAUGGUCCUCAACGCCAGAAAGAUCUUCUCGGUGCUUUCCAACAACCACUUCGAAAUCGAGGCCAGCCGGGCCGAAGAAAAGCUCCGGAGCGAGUCCGAACAGCUGUUGCUGCCGACCGAAGCCAUCGAAGUCGCCUUCAAGAGCAGGGGGGAGGGAGGCCGGGACAAGGCCUUCUUCACGUCGGUCCGGGUCCUGGUCCAGGACGGAAAGGGGCUGGGCCGCAAGCGCAAACACUACAAGAGCAUUCCCUACUCCGGAAUCAGGGCGUUUUCGGUGCAGACCGCGGGAGCCUCGUCGCUGGACACCGACACGGAGCUCCGGAUCUGGCACGAGGGCGAUGGAAACGAAGGGCCCUUCCAACUCGACUUUUGCCGGCGCGGCGUGGAUUUGUUUCGCAUCCAGCAAUAUUUCAACGCCAAGGUCUUUGGGGGGGCAGCAGGAGCAGAAGGAGGAGCAGCAGAAGGAGCAGUAGGAGCAGUAGAAGGAGCAAAAGCAAAAGCAGCCAAAGAAGAAUCAACACCAUUUUCAACGUCAACGUCAACACUCCUGUCGUGGAUCGCGGACGACGCCGUCUCGAUCGAUCCGGUGGAGGCGGGGCAGCGCUUCGGGAGCAAAGCAGACCGCGCCUCGGGCUGGCCGGUCCUGGUGGAGGGAGAAGCCAUCGAGGCGGCCUACAGGGCCCGCCGGGACAUGGUGCUCCUGACGUCCCUGCGGUUGCUGGUGGUCGACGCAAAGGGCCUCUCGGGAUCCAGGGUGGAGUUCCUGUCGGUCAAGUGGUCCUGCGUCCGGGCCUUUUCCGUGGAGACCUCCGGAUCCUGGGACCUCAACUCCGACUUUGUGGUCCACACGAACAUUUCUUCCCUGCGAAAGAUCAAGCAGGACCUGCGCAAGACCAAGACGGACGUCCUUGCGGUGCAGAUGUCCUUUUGCGACAAGCUUCUCGGCGGGACCGCUUGCGGUUCCGCUUGCGGUUCCGCUUGCGGUUCCGCUUGCGGUUCCGCUUCCAGCGCCAACCCCCCCCCAACCGUGGAUCGCAGGGAGGGCCAUUUCGACCCAGGGCCUUCCCUCUUCGGAGGGGGGAACAACCGACCCCUCGACGCGGCCCUGGUCGAACAGAACUACAAGACUCACCCAAAACUGCUGCAGGACGACGAAUCCGUCGAGCUGGCCUUUGUGGGCCGCCGCGACCUCGUUCUUUUCACCAACAAGCGCAUCCUCGACAUCGACACCAAGGGGUGGACCGGGAAAAAGGUGGAAUACACCUCGAUUCCCUACUCCUCCGUCCUGGCCUACGCCGUCCAAACCGCCGGGAAACACGACCGCGACGCGGAGGUGGUGAUCUACACCGACAUGCGCUACGAGUGCGAGGGAGAAGAAGGAGAAGAACCCGAUCCGGGCAUGUCCUGCCUGGAAUGGGAUUUCAACAAGAACCUCGUGGACGUCCUGCACCUCAAGAGGUACCUCAACCAGAGGCUGCUCUUCCUUGCGGGCCGGCCCACCCGCGCAUCGCUCGCAUGGUUCGCGUCCGACAACGUCAACGCCAGCGCCAACGCCAACGCAAGGGCCGCCCCGGAGGAACGGGGGAUGGAAAAACUCUUGUCCAAGUGGGGGGGGGACCAGCGCACCAUCGAUGCCGGGGAGGUCAACCGGUCGCUCCACGACGACCUCGGGCUCCUGCUGGACGACGAAACCGUGGCCAUGGCCUUCCGGGCCGGCCGGGACGUCUCGUGUUUCACCAACCGCCGGGUUCUGAUCAUCGACACAAAGGGCUGGUCCGGCCGAAAGAUCGAGUACCUUUCGAUUCCCUAUGGGUCCGUCGGGGCCUUUUCCGCCGAGUCCGCGAGCACCAGUGGCUGGGACCGCGACGGCAGCGUCAACCUAUACACCAAAAACCACUGGACGCUUUCCAAGGUCAAGCUGGACUUUCGAAAGGGCAAGGCGGACAUUUUUGCAAUCCAGACCUUUCUCUCUGCGAUGGUCCUGGGCGGAUCGGGAACCGUGUCCGGCGGCGACACCGCAUCCGCCCCGAAUGCAUGCGGCGGAUGCAACGAUGAUGCAAGCUACUAUUGCAGCCAUGGCCCAAACGCCUCCAACGAGCCGCGGCCGGUGCAAGCAGCAGCGGCGGCAACGGCAACAGCAACAGCAACAAACCAUUCCGAUGCCGCCGGUGUGGGAUUCCUUACCGACUGGAUCGUGGACAUGGCGGUGGAAGAAGAUCCGAGCCUGGCGAACACCAGGCUCCACGGCAAUCCAGCCCCGGUACUGCUCGGCGGCGAGUCCGUCGAGAAGGCGUAUCGGGAGGGCCGGGAUUUAUGGGUCUACACCAACCUGCGCCUGCUGAGGAUUGAUGCGAAGGGACUGUCGGGAACCAGGGUCAAAUACCAGAGCAUUCCCCUGCAGGCACUCGCCGCCAGCGAGGGGGCUUCCGCCAUAAGGGCCUUUGCCGUAGAAACGGUGGGCCACAUCGAUAUCGACGCCGAGUGCUUUGUCCAUACGAAUCUCCCCUCCAUCGGUCGCAUUGUGCAAAGGGUGCUAGUCAAGAGGGGAAACAUUAUGGAUCUGCACGAAUACCUAGGGUCCAGGCUAUUGGUUCCGUGACACCGGAAAAGCAAUAACGCAACAUAACAGCU